AUGGACAAUAAUCAUUCCCCUUCAUCCUGUUUUCUAUUUGAAAAUACAAAUGGUUCAUAUUCGAAUGAUGUAUUAAUGAUGACGAUGAUCGAAGAUAAUAAUAGUAGUUCAUCGUUAUCAUCAUCUUCUCAACAACAACAAUCACAAAAUCCAUAUCCAUGUACAGUAUUUUUUUGUCGUCCAAAUUCACAUCCAUUUCAAGAGAGACGUAUACCAUUAACAGAGCCAGUUAAAGUUGGACGAGCUGUGGCUCGUUUGAAAGCAUUACAGAAUAAUGCCAUAUUUGAUUGUAAAGUCUUAUCGAGACAGCAUGCAAAAUUGUGGUAUGAAAACGGGAAAUUUUAUCUACAAGAUACUAAAAGUUCAAAUGGAACGUUCGUGAAUAAUCAACGUUUAGGAAAAUGUAACGAAGAAAGUUUACCAUUUGAAAUAUUUAGCGGCGAUAUUGUCCAGUUUGCUACUCAUAAUUGUAUUAUUAUCGAAGCAAAACUAUAUCACAGUGAUGGCAGUGAAGCCUUACCUCGCAGCUUGAGUAGUCAUUCAAUAACUCAGCAGAAAGAUCUAGACAUGAAUACUCGUAGUUUAUAUGAAUUAGCUCAAUAUCUUCAAGAAGCUCUUCAGCGUGAACAACAACUUGAACAAAAAUUAUCUUAUUUACAAAAUGUACUUCAAGAUACACAAAAAGCAUCUAAUGAUGGUUGGCAGGCAGUUAUUGAUGAAGAUCGCCUUUUAGCAAGAAUAAAUGCUCUUGAAGAUCAGAUUCGUGCAUAUCAUGUAAAACAUCCAAAUGAAGAUACAGUAAAACAAGAAAUUAUUCAGUUAACACAAACACGAAUGAAAUACGAAGACGAAGCAAAAAUUAAACUUGAACAAGCACUACUAGAAAAAACGGAUGCUGUUAGUCGUGUACGAAAUUUGGAAUGCACACUACAAUUAGCUCAGGACGAAUUAAAACGUAUGGAAGAACAAAAUGAACAACAAAAACAAGAAAUUCAUCAUUUAGUUAAUCAAAUUGAUGAACAACGAAAUCUACUUAUUGACUUCGAGCAAAAACUAAGAGAGUCACAAACACGAUGUACCGAACUUGAUUAUGAACGGAAUCGUAUUGAAUCUGAUUUUCAGGAAUAUUUUCUUCGUACACAGAAACUUGAAGAACUACAGGAACAACAACAAAAAAUAAUGAAUAAUAGUAAUAAUGAACAGAGUGGAUUAAACAUUGUUGAGACAAGAGGUAGAUUUCGUGUACAUUCAUCUUCGAAAGAUGCAAUGAAUGAAUUCCAAAAACAACAAACUGAUUUACCAGCCAAUAAUAAUGUUGAUUACGAUAACAAUGACGAUGAUGAUGUUGUCAUGAGACCGAAACAGAAUCAGAAUGAUGAAGGAGAAAAUUACAAUGUUAAUUCAGAAAAUACGAAUGAUGAUGCUGGACCGAAUAUGCAAGUGAAUCCAGAGUCAAAUGAAAAUGGCAAUGAGGACGAUGAAGAUGAAGACGAACAAGAGAAAGAUUUAGAUAAUGUGAUACAAAGUUGGUAUAAUUUUGAACGUGGUGAUAAAACUCCAGUUGUGAAUGAUCAACAAUCUUUUCUAUCUCAACAUGAAAACAAAACAUUAUCUACCCAAAAAGAAGAAGAUAAAUAUCAAUCAGGGAAGAAUCAUGACGUUAUUGAAGAAAAGGAUCACAAACUAACAAAUACUAACGAAAUAAAACCACUUCAUCCUGUAUCACUUGCACCCGUUUCUCCUUCUUUAACAACAGUGGCGUUUGCCGACGAAACAAAAUCACAUAAAAAUGAUACUGACGAAUUAAAUGCCAGAUUAGCUUUGAAAGAAAAAGAAUGUGUACAAUAUAAAUGUUUACUGGAAAAUGAAGAGAAAGUAUCUGAACUGAUUCGUCAACACUUAAAUGAAACAAAAGAACGUCUUAACGAUAUGGAAGAACAAUAUUAUUCCGAACGUAAUCGAUUAGAAGUUGUAACACGAGAAUGUUCAGUAUUACGUAUUGAAUUUCAACAAUUAAAAGAACAAUAUGAUCAAUUAUUAAAACAAAAACAAGACGAUAGUAAAUUGAACAAUACUACUGAAUCCCCACUCGUAACAAAACAAAAAGAAUUAAAUGAUUUAAAUGGAACAAUUUUGACUAAACAAAAUGAAUUAGAUAAAUUAACAUCGGAUAUUGAACAUUUAAAAGUGACAUGGAGUUCAUUGAGUGAUGAUUUAAAAUUAUCAACACGUACCACUGUACAAUCAUCAUCUUCAUUGCCAAAUGGUGCUUAUCCAUCAUCUUUAAUAUCUGUGAAAACAACAUCAUCACGUACCAAUACAAAUGGAUUUUCAUCUUUAUCACCAAAAAUUUCUUCGAAUUCAGAAUCAGAAACGAGUGAACAUCAAAUGAAUGAUUUUGUACAAUUGAGAGAUGAAUGUGCACAGUUAAAAAAUCGAAUUGUUAAAAUAGAAAAUGAUAUGAAAAGCUCUCGACAAGAAAAUUUACAAUUAUCAUCGGAAUAUAAUCGUCUACAAGAUACAUAUGAAGAAUUACAAACGCUAAAAAAUGCACUUGAAUCGAGUGAAAUCAAAAUUAAACAUAAUUUAACUGAUUCACAGAAAGAAGUCGAUCAAUAUCAGGAUAAGCUUGAAGAGUCUCGAAGUUAUAUUCAAAAACUCGAAAAUCAUUGUGCUGAAUUACAAACGGUACUCGAAGAAACAGCAAAUGAAUAUGAAGAACUUUCAAUUCGGACAAAAACAAUUUCCGUUUGUUCAAUAGUACCUGUUGGAAUACUGGCGAUUGCAUUUGUCGCCGCAUUUUAUCCAAUAUUAUCAAAAAUAACUGCCACAUAUUAA